UUUCCAACUGCGCUUUGCGCUUCUCGAUUCUCAGUCGACUUGCUAAGUCCUUCAUAACUUCACUCAACUACGCCGAUCACUUCGACUUUGGGUACAAACCAACUGCAGACUAUACCAAAUACCCCGACUGGCCUACCAACUCACCCAAAAGCAUGUCGACUCCACCCCACCCUCAUUCGCCGGUAGCCCCGCAAGCUUACUGCAGCGCUUACAAUGGCGGCAAAGUGUUAGACGAGAAAGGCAUGUUUCAUCACUUUGUCCGCCAGCCAGGACCGAAUCAUGAACUCAACGGCUAUUGGAAAUUUAGCAAUUACAAGGAUGACCAAGGUGCUUAUGCUCGUGGUUUUGCGACACCAGAAGAAAUUCUGCUGGCGCAAGACAGUGGUGAAGAAUCUUUCGAUAAGAUUACGUUGACGUGGUUGCCGGGAACGAGCGAUCCAACCAACGGGAAAGCAAUAACUGGAACGCCGGCUGCGCAUUUGGAGACGAUAUACAGUGAACGGCGAGUGCUGGGAAAGUCCAUGUCGUUGCGAGGAUGUAUCCCAUUCUAUCCUCUCGCCAAUGACAGAAAUCUACGCGCCUAUCGAGCUCAGAGGUACUUCGGUCAAAGUGGAAUGCAGCAUCGGCUUCCAGCUCUUCCGCAGGCUGCUCAACCUUCAUCACCGUUCGAUACAACGCAUCUGUCUUCCCAGAGUUUCGCGAAUGAUUCCGAAGUGCAGCUUGAGCGGGCAGCUAGCCCGGUGCAGCAAUUACAUCCUUCCACCCAAACUGCGAGGGAGAAUCAGCUUGAACCGCGCGUCUCAGGACUGACCAACGAAGCACCCCAAAGCUAUCCUGUUGUCUUAACACACGUCCCCGAAAACACGCGCAAAUCGGCAAAAAGCACACCAUAUACCAGAGUCCCACCGCUAUCUACACAGCAAUCCAAUACAAUACCAACGACGGCUAAGUUGCAGAAGAGUGCAGAGUUGCCACCCAUCCAGACCCAAAAGUCUGUUGAUAAACUUUCGCGCCAGCGCUCAUCAAAACACCCAGCCACACUUCCUAUUCCUGGCUCAGGUAGCUUCGACCCGAACGCCCAAUCUCUUGCUCCGUUACCCCUCGCCAGCCGGCAUAUCUCACAAUAUGGCAAUCCCUUCGACCAGUCGCAAUAUCAACAGAGACCACACCCUCCUUGUGUAGUUAGCACAUCUGACUCAGCUUGUUCAUCGCCAUUCCAUACAGCGUCUUCGUCGUACACGACAUCACCACGCACUUCAGUCUCUUCGAUGCCAGAUUCAUUACGAGUUGCGUACGAACUUAGUCGUACACCCCGUGCAUCGUUGCCAACACGAGUGCCGCUGCCACAACCGCCGGUUGACCCUGCACUACUUGCUACGCUAUUCGAACGCCCGACCUUCCCUCUGGAGACACAGUUACAUGGGCACAACCACAAUGCAGAGGCUAACCUACCAUCUUCCUGUCCGGAUGUGGCUACGGAAGAGCUUCAUUGCACAACAGACGCGACUGGUCGUAGUUUAGCGUCCAGUGUACAGAAUCUGGAGCAGUCAAGUACAUUGAACAAUCCGGAUAGGAACGUGCCUGUCUUAAAGCGAACAACUGCAUCUGACCUUCUACAAGUGGAAAUCAACCGUCAUAUUGGCCGGUCUCGUCAAGUUAUCGUCCCUAUCGAACGUAUUCAAUCGGACUCCUGCACGUCAAGAAAGGUCACAAAUGCAGCUCAUAAACAUGACCGCUCAUCGGGCAGAAUCACACCACUUCAAGAGCCACCUAUGGGCCCUUACGGUAAUCCUUACAGACGUGAUUUGGGCAAAGAGACGACUCUACCAGGAGCACUGGGUGAUUCCAACAAGGCUGUUCUAAGCAAAAUCGACCUAAACGCAGAGGUUUUGCAACCGGUUGACGAAGCACAUCUAAUCUGUACACCUCCUUUGACCCCAAACAGCUCACUUACACAAUCAAAAAAUGACUAUGAUCUCAACGACAACGAUCUUCCUCCAAAACACUACGUUGAAGACCUUGAUCCUCUUGAAACAUUUCUUGACCCUUCGGAUCCAUUCACAACGCAACCUUGCAUGGACUGUGAGCAAGCCGGUGAGCAUAAGUGGGACUGCCACAUUGGCCUGGUCAAGUCUACAGAAACACUCACCAUCCUCGACUAUCGAGAUCUCACUGAAGCUACCAAACGGUUUGAUCCCGGCCCAUUCAUCGGAGAAAAUUGGCAUGUUGGACCGCCGAAACCGCCGGAGCCGGAGGAUAGAGCUGCACAGAUCAUGGGUAUGGCGGAUGUUAUACGAAACGAGAUCACAUUCAAGGAUGACCCGGAGCUUCAUGCGCUACCCGACGAGCUCAUGAUUCUCUUGUGGGCCAUGAAAACCUCCACCAAUGUUGAGGUCGUACAAGAAUAAGUCACCACUUGUGUUGCAAGCUAUGGGCCCACGUAUGAUGUGGACUGACGGGGUUGUUGGAAAUCGAGCGUAGGUAUUUUGGUAAUACUAUAUCUUUGUAGAUGAGAGCGAAAUGCAUAUCAAGCCUUUGAUGCCAUUGGUGUCAUGACUAAAAUCCGUUAUAAAGGGCCCGA